AUGGAUGACAUCGAGGAACGGCUGCGAGACCACGCCCAGGCCUUCGAUGGUCUGUUGUCGCUAAUUCCGGCGAAGAAUUACUAUGGUGAAGAUGGCAGUGACCAAUGGCAGCGGAAAAAGCAGACCAAGGAGCAAGCUCGCGAAGCCAAGCGGGCUAAGUUGGACCCCGAUAAUGUCAAGACGGCCAAGGAUGUGAUGGACGAGAACGCUCGUAAGCGCAAGCGGAACGAGGAGCAAGCCGGGGAAGACGCCUCAUCCGAGGACGGGGAACUUGGGUCUGAGAAGCCUAGAGAAGGUCUGAAGCGAGGUGACGCGACGGCCAAGAAGCAAAAACAGAUCGAGGACUCGGCAAACCCGGAUGCCCAGGCCAAGUCUAACGAGGCCGCCGAAGCGCGCAAAAAGUUGAAGGAAGAAAAGAAGGCGCAGAAGAAGGCCAACCAAAAGGAAAAGAAGAAGGCCAAGGAUGCUGCCCGGAAAGCGAAGGAGGCAGAGCAACAAUCUAAGCAGGCCGAGACACCUGCUGCCGAAGAUGCGCAAAAAUUGAAGUCCACCACCGCCAGCAAGGAUGCCGACAACGAAGACGGCGCUGAGGACAGCGACGAAAGUGAUAGCGCUGAGGGCGUCGUCCCUGAAGAGGGACUCUCGCUCGAAUUCACUGCGGAACCAGAAGAGCCCGAGUCCUCUUCUGUGUCGACCCCCAACUCCUCUGGGUUUGAUGCGUCCAAUCCCCAGUCCGGCAGCUCUUCUAUCUCCUCCAUCGCCCCCUCGACCGAUGCCUCCAAGACCUCCACCUCCAACGACCUCAAGCCCCUCAAGCCUACUUCUGAUCAGCUGAAGCAGCGGCUGCAGAAGCGAUUGGACGAGCUCCGGGCCGCUCGUCACGCCGACGGACUGAACGGCAAGCCCGCCCGCAACCGUCAAGAGCUCAUUGAAGCGCGCCGACAGAAAGCCGAGCAGCGCAAAGCGCACAAGAAGGAGCUGCGCCAGAAGGCUCGCGAGGAGGAACAACGGCUGAAGGACGAAGCCAUGGCCCGGCGCUUCUCGCCCGGCGGAUCCGGCUCCCUCCUCGCCUCUCCCCGCUCGCCCGCCGACUCGGUUGGCUCCUCCAGCAACGCCAACUACUCCUUCGGUCGGGUGGUCUUCGGCGACGGCCAGCAGGCCGACCCCACUCUCCAGAACGUCCGCGACCAACCGAAGCGCCACGGAGCCCACCACGACCCGGCGGCGGCCCUCAAGGCCGUCGAGGCCAAGAAGGCCCGGUUGGCCGCCAUGGACGACGAGCGACGGGCCGACAUUGAGGAGAAGGACAUGUGGCUGACUGCGAAGAAGCGCGCCCACGGCGAACGGGUCCGCGACGACACCUCGCUGCUGAAGAAGGCGCUCAAGCGCAAGGAGACGGCCAAGAAGAAGUCCGAGCGCGAGUGGAAGGAGCGCCUCGAGACCGUCAAGCACGGCAAGGACAUGCGACAGCAGAAGCGUGAGGAGAACCUCCGUAAGCGCCGCGACGAGAAGGGCGGCAACAAGGGCAAGAAGAAGCCCGCCGCCGGAGGCAAGAAGAAGGCCAGACCCGGCUUCGAAGGUAGCUUCAAGGCCAAGGCCGGCGGCGGUGGGAAGAAGAAAUAA